GGCAGCACUUGUUGGCCGCUCCCACACCAUCUCCGCUCCGGUCUGGGAGGAUUGGCUGGAUGCAGCAGUGUCACUGACACUAACCUGAACUGUGAUAGCACCUCUCAAUAGACACAUUAUCUACACUUUGAAGAUGAUGUGGAGCGCUGUGAUCCUGCUGGCCGCUGCCCUCGGAGUGGAGUCCUAUGCUGUCCAUGAUCUCCAUGAGCGACUGGCCCACGGUCGCCAGCUGAAGAUCUACCUGCCCAAAAGUGCAGAAAAGCUGGAGUUCAUCCCAGCUGAUUAUCCCGGCCAGGUCAUUGUGUACUGGCAGAAUGGCAUUCUCAGGGGAAAGAGAGGCUGGGUGUCUGGCACUGGCAGCGACCGACGCUGGUACAUCGACAAGGUGACCUAUGAGGACCAGGGGACGUACACUCAGACAGACUUCUGGAAUAAAGAGAUCUCCACUGUCAAAGUGGCCGUCAUACCUCAUCGCCACGGCAGCCAGGGAGGACGUCACCAUGGCAACAUCCUCCAAGGAGCCCUGAGCCGGUGGAGAGCCAGGCUGUUACUGAAAGAGUUUACUUCAUCACCAGACUGUGACCCUUCUCAAGCAGACUACAGUCAAAAGAGUGAUGCUCCAGGGGAUGCCGUCGAGGUUCCCGUGGAGAGCGAGGCCUUUAUGGAUGACUUCUUUGCUCAGAUUGAAGACAUCCGCACCAGCAUUGACAAGAUUGACGAGAGCGUCACAGAAAUCAAAAAACUCUACUCCACCAUCCUGUCGGCCCCCACAUCUGAGCAGAAAACACAAGAUGACCUUGAAGCCCUCACUAAUGAGAUCAAGAAGUCAGCCAACAAUGCAAGAAACAAACUUAAGACUAUUGAGCGCCAGCUUGAGUCAAACACAGAUGAGAGGGCGUCAGCCGACCUCAGGAUACGCAAAUCACAGCAUGCUAUCCUGGCCAAGAAGUUUGUGGAGGUGAUGACAAAAUACAAUGAGGCCCAAGUUGAAUUCAGAGAUAAGAGCAAAGGACGAAUCGCCCGACAGCUGGAGAUCACGGGGAAAGCAACGACUGAUGACGAGCUGGAAGAGAUGCUGGAGGGAGGAAACUCAGCUGUCUUCACUGCCGGGAUCAUGGACUCUAAGAUCAACCAGCAGGCCCUGAAUGAGAUUGAAGCUCGUCAUAAAGACAUCAUGAGGCUGGAAAGCAGCAUCAAAGAGCUCCAUGACAUGUUCGUCGAUAUCGCCAUGCUGGUUGAGAACCAGGGUGGCAUGAUUGACAGAAUCGAGAGUAACAUGGACCAGUCGGUGGGCUUUGUAGAGAGAGCAGUGGCUGACACCAAAAAAGCAGCCAAAUUCCAGCAGGAGGCCCGCAGGAAACAAAUGAUGAUCUUCUGCUGCUGUGUGAUUCUGGCCCUCAUCCUCGGUUCAUUUCUCUACAGCUUCAUCAAAUAG